AUGGAGGGAAACAGGGAAAAUGAACAAGGAAGGCGUACGUUGGAAGAUUAUGCUUCAGUGUCUAUACCUACAUCUUUCAACAGUAUAGCCAGACCUGUGGUAAUCGCGGCUAACAUGGAAAUGAAGCCAGCAUUGAUACACCUUGUUCAAAGUAAUCAGUUUUCAGGAUUGUCACAUGAAAAUCCCUACGAUCAUCUGACAACUUUUAAUGAAUAUUGCAACACUGUUAAAAUGUUGAAUGUGUCAGAGGAGACAAUCAGACUUAGUCUUUUUCCAUUUUCCUUGGCAGGAAAUGCCAAGAAAUGGUUAAAUUCUUUUCCUGAGGGAAGUCUGACAGGCAAGCAAGAUAUAUCCUCUUUCCAACAGGAACCUGAAGAGACUUUGAGUCAGACAUGGGAUAGGUUUAAGGGAUUGUUAAGAAAGACUCCCAUACAUGGAUUUGAUGUCCCCACUCAAUUGAACCUGUUCUUAGGAGGUUUAAAAUCUCACACAAAAUUGAUGCUAGAUGCCUCAGCAGGAGGUAACAUUAGGUGGAAGACACCUGAUGAAGCUCAUGAAAUUAUUGAAAAUAUGGCAUCUAGUGACAAUGAUGUUCAAAGUGAGAGAGGACAAAAUCAAAAGAGGGGAAUGUUGGAGUUGCAAUCCCAAGAUGCCUUAUUAGCCCAAAAUAAAAUUAUGACUCAACAACUUGAGUCUCUGAUGAAAAAGGUAUCACAACUACAAAUCCAAAAUGUAUCACAGGCACAACAUACUGUGCAAGGGUGUGAACUGUGUGGUGGAGAGCACCAAAAUGGACAGUGUGUUAUUCUCACCAAUGCUAAGGAAGAGGUCAAUUACAUGGGAAAUCAAAGCCGUCAAGGCAAUUAUGGAAAUUAUAAUCAAGGAUGGAGACCUCAUCCUAGCAUGGGUCAGGCUAGUUCCAGUAGACCACCUCCACAGUUUCAACAACAACCCACUCUUUCUGAUAGGACAUCAAAACUGGAAGAAACUCUUCAACAAUUUAUGCAGAUGUCCAUAUCAAAUCAAAAGAGCACAGAUGCAUCUCUAAGAAAUUUAGAAGUUCAAAUGGGUCAGUUGGCCAAGAAACUGGAAGAGAAGCCUGUAAAUACAUUUGGAGCUAACACUGAACCAAAUCCAAAAGAGCACUAUAAAGCUAUAACAACAAGGAGUGGUAAAGUGUUAGACAGUGUAGUUGUGAGGCAAGAAGAUCAAGAGGAAAAGUUAAAUGAGGAACAGAAAGAUAAAGAAGAAGAAGAACUUGAUGUGGAAAUCAUGUUUUAUGGAGGAAUGUAUGAGUUUGGUGUAAUUUCAGAAGUCUCAUAA